AUGCUCGAUAUCAGCACAAAGAAGCGUACUGAAUCUUAUGCUCCAGUGAAAACGGAGGACUGCGAAGGUUUGCUUUCAAACAGCGAGACAUCAUCGCUGGACGGACAUCCCAUCAAGAUCCCCUCUCGACGUUCAUCAUGGAUAGGGACAGGCAUCAUGGUAUUCUGCACAGCAGUGCUUUCCGCAAUGUUCGGAGCAUGGGCUGGACGAAACGGACUUGAUGCUGAUGCUUUCAGCAUACGGCAUAUCUCCGAAUACUCUCCCAUCGUCAAAGAAGCAGACAUGACCUUCGGUCAGGUUCGCUUCAACGGCUCAUUCCUCAAGAUCAAUGCAUUCAGGCAGGAUGCCGGACCAGAAGUCGAUGCAGCCUGGAAAUCAUUGGGUGCUGACUUCAGCGCUGUCCGAAUACCAGCUUCAGAAGCCGCACUGUCCAACAUCAGACUGGACCAAGUGAAGAUCAAAGAAAAGUAUGGUGGCGGCUACCCUGCGAAUGUAGAGGGCUUGCACCAUCUGCAUUGCUUGAACCUGCUUCGCAAAUCGCUGCCCUGGAACAUCAAAUACUACAAGGCAAUGGGGAUGGGUCCUUUUGCGAACGACGACCAUAUUCUGAAGUCGCACGUUACACACUGCCUCGACAUCAUCCGUCAACAACUGAUGUGCAAUGUAGACGUCGGCGUUUUGGGCCAAGUAUGGUACCAGCCGCCCGAUUCAGACAUUGAACCGUUUGUAGACUUCAAUACCAUACACACGUGCCGGAACUUUGAAGCCGUCCGUGACUGGGCCGAGAAACACCAGCUUCCGAACGAGACGCCAGAAGACUUCCUCGAGGGACCGAAAGAAGGCGAUCGGGUAUAUUUGGAGGUACCGUAG